GGUUGUAUCUAUCUGCAAUGCGCAGCGCCCUGAUCGCGAUUGGAAAGGUCGUGGAAGCAGCUCAAUUUCCUCUCUCCCAGAAAUUUACGUCAACUUGAGCUUUGUAUUGCUUAGGGGUUUGACAUACCGUUGCCUCACUUCCGCAUAAUCGACGCCCACCGGACAACAACAGCUUCUUGGCGGGGGGAGUCCCUACUACAUCUCUACCAAGAAUUGCGACAUCAUCGGAAUGACUCAGUAACAACGGCUGCAACCAUCUGCAGAAUGGGAUAAUGCCGCUGCCGAAGUACUUGGAGGUCGCUGUAAGGGAAGUGGCAUUGUCGAAUCCACACGAAGACUGGCCAUCACGUCGGCAACAUCUGAUCGAGUCUGGCUUCGAUGGGAGCGUGGUGGACUCCUCUGAACAUGAAAUAAGACGUUACACAACAGCUCUUGUCCAGAAAUCCAUACCCAGGACCAUUCCACCAGUUCCUAAACAAGGGAAUCUGCCACCGUCUCCCGAAUCCGAGUCCUCCUUCCCCCGCUACACGACCGACCCCCAAGCGUCGAACCUAAAAACCGUUAUUCUUCUCAUCCAGGGAUCAGGCAAUUCUAUGAAAUCCGAGCCCAUAGGUUGUGAACACAGCGAGGACGAAGAGAGCAAAAUCUGCUUGUCAGCACUUGAAAGCCGUGGGCUCCAGUCUCUGAUCAGUGGCAAUACGAUAAGGCUGGUGUGGCACAAGCCGCAAGAAAGUGGCAGGACUCAUCCAACCAUAUUUCGUGUGGUCUCAGAUGAAGAGGAGGAUCACAUGCGCGCAGAUAUAAGCUUUGGACGAAACUGGUUGAAAGGCGCACCCCUGGAGAUCGACAACCCCACUAUGGGUGGAAAACGAAAGAGAAAUCAAGGAGACGUCGAUGAAGCGGAGCGUGCUCGAGAACUGACCAGACAACAACGACCACCAACCUUUGGCAUGGGAAUGGGAGAUCCUGGAGACCCCGUCUGGGUUGGCACUGCGCUACGCGCAUAUUGCAACGCAGGUGUUCAUAGCCCGCGGUAUACCAGUUCUGGAUAUACAGAUGGCAUCGAGGAGGAAGAUAGCCAAAGUCAAGAGCGCUUUCCUUACACCAGGCAGACUACGAUGCAGCCGCCACCUGAUUAAUGUCAGCGGCAAUAUUCGAAAUGACUCACUAACCACAGAACAUCGGCAGUGCUCCGACUCAUAACCACACGAGCAGGGCGUCCCAAGAAAAAAGAUGGAAGCAGCCAGAAUAUUACACUCUCUUGCACUAGGCAUAGAGCUGCUAUAUCCCACCUCGCAACCCUGGACGAUACUCGGGAGGAUACCUUAAAUGUAUCUGCAUCGUAGUCACACGGGAAAAGGUUGCCAGCAGCACACUGACGUCUGCCGUAGGGCAUAGGGCACAUAGAUGGACGGC